UUAGUAAACUCUCUUCCUCAUUCCAUUUCACUUUGUUCUGCCCACAACAACGCAAAACCAUCCUCCUCGUUUUCCACCGGCGCCGUCUCCCCUUUCCCGACAAAAUAAACCAUAAUUCUUCCUUACAUCGUACCAUCUUAGUCCUCUUUGUUCUUGUUUUUCUUCCAACAUAUAUUUUCACCAAGUGUAUUGUGUUUUUUUUCAGUUACUGUAAUGGCAACAGCCCCUGUCAAGUCACAGCCGCUUCACUACUUCUCUUUACCCCAAUUGAAAUGGAGCACCAACAAAACGCACACUAACACUAACCACCACCGCUUCCGCCGCCGCGAUUCUCCUCCGUCAAACACCAACGUCGACGGUGACGGCGGCGGCGGUGGUGGUUCUGACUCCGAUAAGCUACAACACCAAGAAGAAGAAGAACAAGUUGAGGAAACGGGGCCGUUGUGGAAUUUAAGGCCAAGGAGGAGUGAAAAGGUGUCGUCGUUGAAGAAAGAUGAAAGUAGUAGUAGUCAUGCUGUUGUUAUGCUGCAGAGGUCACAGAGGUUGAAAGAGAAUGCAGCAGAUGGAAAUGGACUCGGGUCCGGGUCGGCUAAGAAAGGCAAAAGGAAAUUAUGGAUCUCUUUGUCAAAGGAAGAAAUUGAAGAAGAUGUUUAUUCUAUGACCGGGUCAAGACCCGCUAGAAGACCCAAAAAAAGAUCCAAGGCUGUUCAGAAACAACUCGAUAUUUUGCGAGGAUUAAGGAACACAAGGGAAAGCUUAAACUUUUGAGGACUGCUGCAUUCAUGCCUCAACUCGACUGUAGGAGGGGCAGGGGUCAUUGUUAGUUCGCAAACUGUUUGCAGUUCCAUGAAUGUCAAUUGAAGUGCUGGUUGCUUCCUGUAUUACGGGAGGAGACCUCCAACUGAUUUGUCGUUGUCCAGAGUUGCACAUGACAAAGGGUUAUUUGCUCUCUGAACAUACUACUUGAUUUUGUAUGACUCGUGAUAUAACUCAAGGACAACUUUUUGAGCCAGUGACAUAGUUAUGGUUGGAAAAUCAUUUGCUUUUGGAUAUUGCAUUAGAAAGGGCAGGUAUAAUUUUUGUCGAAAAGAUAACAUGUAGUUUCAUAUUGCCUUGUGAUGUUUCUUGUCCUCUAAAGAAUGUAUGUUUGUAUGGUGUUUACUCUUGUUAUAGAGUUCCUUGGCAAUCAUAUGAUGCAACUUUACUUAUUUCAUAGAAAUCAUAAAGUUAAAAAUAGUUGUUUAUAGAUAGUCAAAGUGCAGUACUUGGUCAAGUGACCUUUCUACUAGCUAGAUGUAUUUAAGUGUGCCAAAUUUUUCCAUGUAUUUCUCAUAGUCGUAAAUCCAUCUAGGCAUCUGGAUAAUGUGCUUGGGGCUAUGUUCCUCACACUCGUCAAAAAUGUCGACGGGUGCGUGUCGGAUUCGCCAAAAGUAGUGUAUUUUUGAAGAAUCCGACACGGAUGGACCUGGGGUGUAUAAAACCUUACUUUCAGAUUGUUUUAUGUAUUAUGAUGAAGUGCAAAAGUUGUCACGUUGUGUACGUUCAAGU